UUAUAUCUCUGUGCUCACUACGCAUCCGUUAGGAGGGGGAAAUGUUUCAGAAGAUCUUCCUAAUGCUCAAACUGGACAAUAGCAGACAGUUCAUAAGGAUGACUGACAGCAGCAGAAGAAAUCUUGAGAUUGGCCUGACACAGAAAGGAUGCUGCUCCACAGUGUGACCUUAGCUGUUUAUCUUCUCCUGACCUCAUCAAGUGCCCAGGCAACUGUCCAGUCCUGUGUGUUUUCAGAGCUCCAGCCAUCUGGGUUGAGAGUCAACUGCAGCUCUUUAAAUCUCAUGGAGUUGCCUCAUCUGCCUUCAGAGACCACAGAACUGUUUGUGCAAGACAACCAGCUUACCUCAGUGCCACCAGGAAAGUUUGACCAGUUGACUAACCUUAGAAAGGUGUCCCUGUCUCUGAACCCGUUCCGCUGUGACUGUAGCAUCCAGUACCUGAGGUACUGGAUGCUGAAGAACAGGGCUGUUGUCUCAGAGGAGCCUUUAUGUUCCAGUCCAGUCUCUGUAGCUCAGAAAGCCAUCACUGAUCUAAGUGAUACCUACUUCUCCUACUGCACCUUUCCACGCUUACAUCAAAUAAGCACCUCAGGCUGUGUUUAUGUCUCUUACAACACCAUUGCAUCGGUGAUGCUGUGCUGCAUUAUUAUUCUGCUUUUGUGGAGCUUAAUACUUGCCAGAAAAUCUACUUUCACCAUAUACGUGGAAGAGCGACAUUCAGGAUUUCAGGCGGACUCUCUGCGCUCACUGAAACCCAAACACAGGAGGAGGCUGCACACAGAACUGUCAGGGCUCAGCGCCGACUCUGGUUCUGUCAUUUUGUCAGAGGACUUGGAGAGGCCUCUUAUCAACACGGAGUUACUUUCACAAGUGCUAGAAACAUUACAGAAGAAGCACAAUAUAAAGAUAAAGGCCACUUAACAGACUUUUAUUCAUACUUUAGCAGAGCUACAAAUAAGUAAGAAGUGGGAAGUGAGGCUGUGAGUGUUUGCAAAGACGCUAGAUGGGUUUUUAUGAUUUGUUUCCAUUCUAAAUGGCACCAGCCUAUUUAUCAGAAACUUCACCUCUGUGAGUUUUAUUUAAUUUGUUUUUAUAUUUUACGAUCCAAACUAAUUUUGCUUAAAUAAAUGUGAAAAUUUGCUUUUGAAUUUUUCUUCAGUUUCUUACAAUCAAUUCCAAUUUGCCUUCUGCUAUCAAUACUAAACUAUUUACCUUCCAUAAACAUCCUAAUGUAGGGAUACUUACUAUUAUUUUUCACAAUUUAUUAUGAUCACAUGUUUUCUUUUUCUCUAAUAGCUCUUAAGGUUUUCAUUGAACAAUGACUUUUUUCUUACCACUCUUCCACAAAAGCCUGAUUUGUGUAGAACAUGAUUAUUAACUGCCUUGUUCUCAGAGUCUCCUCCAACUUUACCUAAAACCUUUUUACUUCUUUAAAUAACA